GGUAGAUACUCGUUGGGGAUCUUACUAUAAAACUAUUAUGCAUGUUAUCUCUUUGUAUCCUUCAAUCCGACGAGUUCUCAUAAAGGUUGGAAAAGAUCCCUCUCAAGGCGCAGAAGCUACACAAGCUCAAACAAUGUUGAAGUCGUUUACUUUAUUUGAGUUUGUUUUCAUGGCACAUUUAUUGCUAACCAUAUUUGGGUACACAGAUGAUUUAAAUCAUGCUUUGCAAAAGAGGGAUCAAGAUAUUGUUAAUGCAAUAGAGCUCAUCUAUGAUACAAAGACUCAACUAUAGUUUUUGUGGCAGGAUGGUGGAUGGGCAGAUUUUCUUAAAACUGUCAAUUCCUUUUGUGACAAGCAUGGCAUCAAAAUUCCUAGUAUGGAUGAUUUUUACAAGCCAGUUGGAAGAGACAGGAGGUUCUUUCCAAAAGCUAACAAUCUACAUCGUUUUCAUGUCGACAUGUUCUUAAGUGCCAUUGAUAGGAUAUUGCGAGAGCUUAAUGACAGAUUUGAUGAGGUAAACACAAAUUUGCUUCUUUGCAUGGCAUCAUUCAAUCCUGUUGAUUCAUUUGUUGCGUUUGACAAGGAUAAAUUGGUUAAGCUUGCUCAGUUCUAUCCUAAUGAUUUCUCAAGCAUUGAAAUGAUUCAUCUUCCUUUUCAACUUGCACACUUUGUUACUGAUAUGCGUAGAGAUGAAAGGUUUAGAGCAGUGAAAAAUCUUGUUGAGCUAUCCAUUAUGCUUGUUGAAACAAAGAAGAAUCUCAACUAUGAUAUUGUGUACAAGCUUCUCAAAUUAGUAUUACUUCUUCCUGUGGCAACUGCUAGUGUUGAGAGGGUAUUUUCUUUGAUGAAUUAUGUGAAGAAUAAAUUGAGAAAUAGAAUGGGGGAUCAAUAUUUGAAUGAUUGCUUGGUUACCUUUUUGGAGCGUGAAUUUUUUGUUCAAGUCAAGUAUAAUGACAUCAUAAAUCGGUUCCAAGCUAUGAAGAAACGCAAAGUUGAAUUGUAAUUUUCUUUACAUAUUUUGUAAUUUGGAUCAUUUUGUAAC